AUGUGUAGAAAUAGUACUUUGGGUAUUUGUUUUAUUUUAGUAGCUCUUUUGAUUGGUUAUUCCGAGUCGAGUUUCAUUAAAACGAGUGGUAACAAGUUUGUGAGGGAUGGGAGGCCGUUUUAUUUCAAUGGUUUCAAUGCAUAUUGGCUAAUGACCACGGCUUCGAACUCGACAACAAGGUACAAGGUUUCCGAUGUCUUCUCCGAGGCUUCGAAGAAUGGAAUGAACGUUGCUAGGGCCUGGGCAUUUAGUGAUGGUGGCUCUUAUAGCCCGCUUCAGACAUAUCCCGGAAAUUAUAAUCAACAAACAUUUUCGGGGCUGGAUUUUGUGGUGGCUGAAGCAAAAAAGUAUGGGAUUUAUCUAAUACUAAGCCUUGUGAACAACUGGAAUGAUUAUGGAGGGAAAAAACAGUAUGUGGAGUGGGGGAGGAGCAAAGGUCAGUCCUUGAAAAACGACGACGAAUUCUUCACUAAUUCCGUCGUCAAAGGGUUCUAUAAAAAUAAUGUCAAGACUGUGCUCACCAGAUACAAUACAAUAACUAAGUUAGCGUACGAAGAUGAUCCGACCAUACUUGCAUGGGAGUUAAUCAACGAGCCUCAUUGCGAAUCUGACCUCUCCGGAAACACUUUUCAAAAUUGGGUUGCAGAAAUGUCGGGUUACGUGAAAUCUAUUGACCGUAACCAUCUAGUGGAAAUCGGGUUGGAAGGAUAUUAUGGGGAGUCGAAGAAAUCGGUGAAUCCAAACGGUUAUAUAGUUGGGACUGAUUUCAUUUCCAACAGUCGCGUUCCAACUGUUGAUUUCACUACGAUUCAUAUCUACGGGGAACAAUGGUUGUCAAACGCAAGCUACCAAGCUCAAGCUCAAUUCGUGAACCAGUGGGUUCAAUCGCACAUAAGCGACUCCCAAUCCAUAGGAAAGCCGUUUGUCAUAUCGGAGUUCGGAAAAUCGUACAAAUACCCGGGUUACAGUGUGGGAGCAAGGGAUUCGUACUUGAGCGAAAUAUAUACGAGCGUUUAUAAUUGCGCAAAGAGCGGAGGACCGUGUGGAGGUGCACUAUUUUGGCAAGUGAUGGAUUUGGGAAUGGAGAAUAUGGGAGAUGGCUAUGAAAUUGUUUUGCAGAAGAGUUCUUCUACUGAUUCUAUUAUCUAUGCUCAAUCAAAAAGGAUGUCUUCUCUUCAUUAA